UACGAUACUCUGCGCGCAUUCAGUUCGCGGGGAGCGCUCGUGCAGUGCGCGUUGUUGUCCCGUGUUCCUCUAGAUGGUCGAUCACGUGGGAAACAUUGCGCCGACUUUUCGCGAUUCUGUGGCGGAGAAGGGCCGAGGGAAAGGGAAUAAAUGUGUGCGAGUCCGUGAUGGACAACCCUAGCGGCGGAAGAGAUAGUCGGUACGCAAGUCUUGGGUACAGCAUGGGGAUGAUAGGCAGCGACGCUGGCUCGGAAAUGUACGGCCGACCGUCCACCUCCCAGCUUACAACUUCUCAAAUAAGCCGCGGUGGCGCCACCAUGAUGGCCGCGGCGGCUGCUGCAGGCGCACCGAACGCCGGUGUGGGACCCGUUCAGAGGGGUAUCAAGAGGACCACCUCGGACGUAUGUUACGAUGACAGCAACGCACGGCAAGCGCUUUCGCAACAGCAAGGCAUGUCGAUGUCUGCGGAGUGUGUACCCGACAAUCUCGAGGAGUCAUUCACGAGUUUGGGCCAACCGAAAAAGUCACCCCCAUCGAACGGCAAGAAAACCAAAGGACGGGUCAAGAUUAAGAUGGAGUACAUCGACAAUAAGCUCCGAAGGUAUACGACCUUCUCCAAAAGGAAAACCGGGAUCAUGAAGAAGGCGUACGAGCUGUCGACGUUGACGGGCACGCAGGUGAUGCUGCUGGUGGCCAGCGAGACGGGCCACGUGUACACGUUCGCCACGCGAAAGCUCCAGCCGAUGAUAACCAGCGAGGCGGGCAAGGCGUUGAUCCAGACGUGCCUGAACAGCCCCGAUCCGCCCACCUCGGGCUCCUCGGGGGAUCAAAGGAUGUCCGCGACCGGGUUCGAGGAGACCGAACUGACCUACAACAUAGCCGACGACGAGCAGAAAGAAGACGGUACUUCACCUAGAUCGGACGUCUGUGCCAAUGAAAGCGACGGAGACACAAGCGAUGGCGAUUCUCCCGUUUCGAAGGAUCUCCCAAAGAACCACUCGGGUAUAAUGUACCAGAUGCCGCAGACGGUGAUUUACUCGCCUAGUCCAGGAGUUCUACUCGGUAUCGGGCAAAACGGUCAACCGGUGCAAAUCUCUCAAGAAGGAGGCACGGUAGCCCCGGUAAACUCGACGCAGAGUAAUCAACCGUUCAUCACGAUACCACUGAACGUAGCGAUGAGUGCCGCGGGUUUGUCGCUUCCAGUAACCUCCAGGAUGAACGUGUCGCCGUCGCCGCGAUCGCCAACGACGACGACGACAUCGACCACAUCGACGACGUCCACCUGUGACCUGCCAUCGGACCUGAGCAAAGAUCGCGAGUGACGUCGCAGCUCCAUCGACGUCCACGACUAUAAAAACCUGGAUGACACUGUCGCUCGUUUAUCGCGACGAAGGGUAACGGGCAAUUGGACCGACUUCUACUCUACGAUGGUAAUAUCGCGUCGUCGAAGGAGCCUGUAACAGUGCCCAAACGUGCCCUUAAAGGUGUAAUAGAGCUUGUCUGAUCGGUAUCGAUAGGAUAGAUUCGGUAUCGCUCCCAUCGUCUGCAAUGAUCGCGUCGAUGCGUGGAUGUCUGUACUCGUUGUUAGAAUUCGCAUAACGUUCAACUUCCUGUAACGCGGUGUCACGAAUUUCGUUCGUCCUUCGCAGCUCGACAAUGGCGCGUCGGAGACACUUCGAGGACGUUCUUCGCCAGCAUUGGGUAAAAUACAGUCCACGAUCGUGAUCACCGAGGAUUAAUCAGCUCUGAACAAUUAUAAAUCAUUCAUUUAUGUUUACAGGUUACUAGUAAAAAGAUAUGUGUGCGUUAAACAACCGUAUAUAUGAUUUAGUUUUCUUUCAGAGUAAGAUGGACGUUCUCCCCCUCUUUUAACCGAUACACCAAACCUUUAACGUUAUUUUACACGAACACUUCUACCUCGUGAUCCGACACGAUUACUGAUUAAUCUCCGUAUGAGCGAUUAUUACAGAAGCGAUGGUUGCCCAACUCUGGUUCUAAUCUAGCCUGACUAUCCUACCGAUAGGUUCUUCAUCUUUACCAAGUUCUAUGCGAUUGUUCCAUUUACAAUCGAUACGACGCGUUUCAGAAAUAAAAUUAACAACGCGUAUCGGUAUACGUGUUUUCGUUGAAGCUGGGUUUCGUUACCAGCGUUUAAUUGAUAUUUGUGCAAUACUAGUCGAACGUUCCGCGUAGGAAUCGUGAGAGGAAUCGAUAUUUUUAAUGAUAAAGUAAUCGCACCAGUAGUCGACGCUUCUCGAGGAAAGAGACGUCGGAAUUGUUAGCGUUAGCUAUUUCUAACGAAAUACAACCCGGAGAAAAGGUCCCACCGUCGCGUAUGAUACAGAGAAAUGACAGAUUAUUUUUCCAAUGCGUGUACGCGGCUUGAUGCUCCAAAUCGAGAUGGCCAAUUACUUCUGUUAUCGUUUAAUCGCUGAAUUAAAGAGUAAGUCCCGCAAAACAUGCGGUGCUACUUUCCUAGCGCUUUCCCCGGUGUUUACCGCGUCUCCUGAAACAAAAAACCGUCAACUAAUGCAACUUUCGUUAUUUUAAUCAACGCAUUAAAUCCUCGACUUACACGGUUGAUUCAUUCCGAAGCUUUCCACGUGGACAAAGUAACGCGAACACCUGUGGAGUACCCUACAUUCUUUUAUUGAUACCGCAUUGAGACACAAUCAGCCUUAACGUAGCCAUCGAAUACCUUCCAAUGAAAUGUUAUCCCAUUCUUCUCUUGAAACGUCUUCCAAUUACUUUGAAGAUGCUAAAGGAAGGAUUCUGCAACUCGAGGACUGUGUUUUUCAUAGUCUGCGCUUUUAUGUGAUCAGAUAAAACAACGUCGUUGUCUAGUCCAGUGAUUUACUACACAACAACCUUAGAGGUGUCCUACUACUGGUGCCCUUAUUUUAACAGGGUACGUUUUCAAAUUGAUUUUUCAAAUUCUUCUACGAGCCAAGCGUCUAAGUAAUUAUAAAUUCGAUUAUAAAAUUAAAUCUAGGAAGGACGAUGACUACUUAAUCGUACAGGGUGCUUUUAAAAUAAACUAUAGCUGGGGUUCCCCUUCGUUUAAAAUAUAGAGAAAAUAUUCGUUACGUUUUUAACACGAGAGCGCGAUUGGUCAUCUUCGGCUCGCUUCUAUUCGUAAAUUUUCAUUUGUCAGCUUGUCUGGUGAACUUAUACCUCUCGGAACAACGAUUUUAAUUCGCAAGGACGCAUUUAAAAAGUACGAAUCACGCGAAAAUCCUUUCGCGAUUCGGUCCUGUGCGGAUGAUAACGGUGUUUCGAGAUCGACGAUCGGCUAAUUAAAACGUGACCGUUUAAUUGGCCAGUGAUAGUGUUGCCAAUAUUUCGAUCGAUCGUUUAAAUGGAUAAUGUUAAUCGUUAACCGUAAUUAGUGAUAAGCACGCAUUAUUGUCAGCCACGUUGAUUUAACAGUAUUUUUCAACUACACAAUCUCUAUUUUACACGAUAUGGAAAUAAAUUAUCAGCUUGUGAUAGAUAACACCGCGAGGAACUUGUAUUUUUUUACAAUAUACCUGCGAAUAUUAAUUUCAGACACGGAUAGUGCUAUCUGUAUACGUAGAAAC